AAUCAAAAUAAAAACAUACGUACUAUAAUUUCAUUUCGUUCUAUAUACAUUAAAUUACCUCAUAAUUCUAAUAAUUAUCAUCCCAAAGAUUGAAUUGCUUGGAAAUAAUUAUGGCUACAUUCAACAAAGUUUGCCUCUUAACCGUCGUCUUCCUUGUGUGCGGUAUAAUUUUGAUGGGGAAUAAUGUGGAACAAGUAAAUGCUCAAAUUUGCACUCAAGAAUGCAACCCAAACGCGGCCUAUAUGAUCUGCCAACCAAACAACAAGAAGACCAAAAAUGUGUGCACCAAUUGCUGUAAAAUUCAAAACACCCGCUGCCAUCUCUACACUUCAAAGGGUGCUCUCAUCUGUUGAUCCAUUAAUUAUAAUUAAUUAAAUAAUUAAUUACUAUAAUUAUUAUAAUUAAUAAUGAAAUAAAAGUCGAUCGUGCGCAUCAAUUAUGAUCGGGUAUAUAUGAAUGUAAUAUUAAAAAAUAAACAUAUGCACAUACACUGUGCGACACAUAUUCGUAUUGCAAAAUAAAACAUAUAUCAUAUGUACGGAAUACUUUUAGCGUGGUUUUAUACUUUUAUUAAGAGAAUAUAUCUCUAUGUUAUAGAUAAUAUAGUGUAAUAUAGUGU